GGCUCACGACCUGCCCACCAUUGCUCAACCACCGCUCCCAUCCCAUCCGGUUGCGAGCUUUGGCCUUGAUUUUGGUGUCUACCCCGUCUAGGGUUUCAAGCUCAAGCUCAGGGUCGGCGUUUCAGGGCAUCCACCUCUACCUCGCUGGGCCUUACGGGCAACCGCCGCCCCUGCCGUCGGCCGCCGUGACCGGUCCGGCCGCGCUGCCUUGGUACGCGGCCCCCACCGCGCCGAUCGGGCCUCUACACCACCACUGGCCCGGUCAGCCGUCGCCCGCCGUCGCCCCCCACUGGCCAUAGUGGCCGGCCCGGCGAUCGCCGCGCCCCCGACGCCUCCCGGGUCCGGGCAGCCGCAGCUCCAGCUGCCGGGCCCAUCGACGGCCGCUGCCGUGCCUCCCUGGCCACAGUGGCCGGCCCCGACCCUCGCUGCACCGACCACACCACCCGGGUCCGUGCCGCCGCAGCUGCCGGCCCCGCCACUGCCCAGCACGGGGCCCGGGUCACCCACGCAGACAGGCGUCCCGAUCCAGCACGUGCGCUUCCCACCGUCGCCGUCCCCCAUACCGGCCUGGCUGACCGGAUCAUCGCCGCCACCCGUCUACAUGUCGGCGGGAGAACCGCCAGCACCUACUCUUCAGUUCGGCGACCCCUCCGGCUCGGCGGGGCACUUCUCGGGCCGCGGUCAUGCUGACCGGGCGCCCCACUCCUCGCUGCUUCGCACAUCCGAGCCAGUCGGCCACGGCGUUCCGACUCAGACACCGCCGCGGUUUGCCAAACUGGACUUCGCUACCUAUGAUGGCACAGAGGACCCCCUCAACUGGCUCAACCAGUGCGAGCGGUUCUUUCGCGGGCAACGCACCCUCGCCUUGGAGCGUACCUGGCUCGCCUCCUACCACCUCCGCGGCGCGGUACAGACCUGGUACUACGCCCUCGAGCAGGACGAGGGCAACAUGCCCCCUUGGGAGCGCUUCUGCAAGCUCUGCCUCCUUCGUUUUGGGCCGCCGAUCCGCGGGAGCCGCCUGGCAAAGCUAGGCCGCCUUCCCUUCACCUCCACGGUUCAGGAUUUCGCCGACCGUUUCCAGGCCCUAGCAUGCCACGCGUCGGGCCGACCUCUUCGUCAGUGGACUUCCGGAUCACAUCCACGUGGACGUGGAGCUUCGGGGACCCCAGGAUCUCCUGACGGCCAUGUACUAUGCCCGCGCGUUCGAGCGCCGCGAGGUGGCCAUCCAGCAGGCAUCAUCGUCCCGGGCCGCUGGGCCGCUACCCUGGCCGGAGGUUCCCGCGCAGGGUCGGCCUGCUCAGGCUUUCGCGGCACCCCUCGCUACGACCGCGGCACGCCCGUUCCGCCGGCUCACCUCAGCCGAGCUACUCGAGCGUCGCCGCCAAGGGUUGUGCUUCAACUGCGACGAGCCCUACAUGCCCGGCCACGUCUGCCUGCGACUCUUCUACCUGGAGGCUGCAGACUACAUUCCGGAGGACGCCGUCGCCGCCGACCUGGCCGCCCCAGCUGUCGCGAAGGUGUUUGACGCUGGUUGAUCACCUCGAGGAGUUCAGCAAGCGCUUCCCCACCUUACAGCUCGAGGACGAGCUGUUUGUGCAGGCGGGGAGAAGUGUUAUGACCGGAAAUUAGGGGGCUUAGCCCAGUGGGUUGUGGCCCAAGUUAUCUUAUUGUUAUUAGGGGCUUAGCCCAAUUAUCUUAUCGUAUUAGGAUCGUUUGCUUAGGAGUCAAGUAAACCUCUCUAUAUAAGGAGAGGAGAUGUAUCAAUCUAAUCAAGCAAGAAGCAAUCAUUAUUUGCUCGGCUUCCCUUAGGGAGCCGGGAGACCUAACCCUAGCCGCCUCUUGCGCCGCCAACGCCUCUCCCUCUCGCGCACGACGGCGCCUUGCCGCCGGCGACCGCGAGCUUCGCCACGUCCAGGCCCCUCCUUCCCCUACAACCUACGCCCUAGACCCGGUAGGGUCCUAGCUCCUACCAAUUUGGUAUCAGGUAGCUUGGGUCCGAUCAUGUCUGCUCCACCACCCACCCUGCCGCUGCCCACCGCGCCGCUGUCCACCACCGUCGCCCUCUCCGCAGCGCCCCUCUCCACCGCGCCACUAGCGCUUUCCACCGCGCCGAUCGACUCCACCGCGGGGGCCUCCACCGGCCAGUCGCCGCCCCUCCCCGUGCCGCAGGCCGCCGUCUACUCCCCGACGGAGAUCACCGGCAUCCUUAAUGACCUCGUCAUCGCCG